AUGUUUCGCAAGAGAGCUAAGCUUAAGCCUGGUAAUUCGAGUGAGCUUGCGAAAAGCAGUGACCCUGGUAGCUCUGGUAGCGUGGCGAAAAGCCAACGACGAAAGAAACCUAGUUUUAUUAACAACUACGAAGAUGAUGAAGAAUCUGAGCCUAAUCCGAGUAUUAAGCCCUUAGAAGGUCUGAAACGAACAUUCAGGAAAGUCAGCUCAACAGAUAUUCCACUGAGUGCUGCAGAGACAGAGACUCAGCAUGAGAUUCCUUUUUCUGCUCCUUCGGGACCGCAGAUAUUGAACUUGGAAAAUUUGAGCGAGGAAGAGCAGAAUGACGAAGAAAUGGAAACCGGUGCUGUAGGUUGGAAUCAAGUUCCCUCUGAGGCUGAAAUCCAACGAAUCAGGAAGAAAAGGGCAAUUUUGCAGCAACAGCAGUCAGAUUCCAGUGGGACCGGUUUUUACGCUACAAGUGUGAAGACUCCGCUAGAACAUAACGAGCGGGAGUACGUUAAACUUUUGAAUCGCGAUGAUAAAACCGAUCUUCUAGAGGUCAUUGGAGAUGGGCGAAAAGUGGACCAGGAAGACGCGACUGAGAUGUCAAAUGAUGCCUUACCGAGCGGGCUUGAAGACAGUAAGCUUGCUCUCAGUGAGGGAGAAGUACGGAAAGAAGAGAAUGAUCGAAAAAGAGCAAUACAAAAUGCAAUCAGCGGGGUUCAGGAUGACGAAUGGGAAACACAGCAGAUUGGCAAGAUCGAUGGUCAUUCCCCGGCCGCAGUGCUGCCUAUUCCAUACCAAGGUGAUAUUGGUGCUGAAUCAGUAAUCUCUGGUCUACAAGAACGCACUUUUGAAGCUCAGAACAGAAAGAAAAUUCUCAUUGCCCGGAAAGUCUCUCUAGAAGCUCAGAAAGACGAGCUUUUCCGGGAACAGACUGAGCUGAUCAAACAACUAAGGAUUCUAUCAACUACCUAG